GGUUAUAGUCACUUGAGUAAAUAAAUAUAUUUACUCAUAUGGUUAUAAGUUUAUGUUCAAGUGGGUUGCUGCGUUUUGUGCAUUGUUUUUUUUUAAGAUUAAUAUAAUAAGGGAUUGAUUGAAUCAAUAAUCUCAACUGCCUUACUAUAUUUUUAUUCGUUUUUUUUUUUAUCUAAAAUGAGUUUACCUGGUAGAACUACACGUCAAUGUUGUGCUCCAAAUUGCAAAAGCACUUACUAUGUCUGUAUUGAAUCCUAUAGAAAUAAAAGUUUUUUCAAAAUUACAAAAGACAGACAAUUAUCGUGGAUAGAAUCAGUUAGAAAAUUAUGCAAAUCAGACUUUACUCUGACAGACGUAGAUCAUUAUUUUUGUGAAGACCAUUUUGAGUUAAAAUGUUUUAAAAACAGUAAUAGGAAUAGUCUCAACAGAAAUGCUGUGCCGACAUUAUUUUUAGGAUCAGCUACAAGUUCAGCUAUUAAUUGUGAUAAUAUUACCUGGGAAUCCUCGGAUAGUGUCCAAUAUUCAACAAAACGAUUUGUUAACGUAACAUUACAGAAUGUUCAGGGUACGAGCUGCCAAACUUCAAUUUCAGAUGAUUGUUCACCACCUUUUAAAAAACCAAAAUACACAUAUUCAAAAUUGUCGUUUCCUAUAAGUGCUACUGCGAGUACCAGUGCCAUUACUGAGAAUACAGACAGCAAGUGCAAUGAAGCCGAAGCGGAAUCAAGUACUAGCCAUAUCAUCAAAAUGACGUGCAGAACUUGUUUGAAAGUGAUGGAUCCGAAUUCUGGUGUGGAUUUAAGGAAAAAAUUAAGUUUAGGUAAAACCAUCGAAGAAAUAAUACUUCUUUUUGUUCCAGAAAUGGUAAAAUCAAAAUUGGUGGAUAAUGUUAUAUGUAGUCAAUGCGUGAAUACUGUCGAAGUCUUUGCAAAGUUUAUAGAAAAGAUAGUCAGUGUUGAAAAUUAUUUGAAAGCCACAAAUUUUAGUCAGAAACAAAUAGAUAAGUUAAACAGAACACUUGAAGAGCCUGGAGCAAGUACAACCAAUAAAAGUUUAAACGAAGGAAAAACAUUGCUAUUAGAACAGGUGCAGCAGCCGCUUUUAAAACCAAUAACUUUUACUAGACCGUUAAGAACAUAUCCCGGUAGAAAUCAAAUCCCUGUGUUGAUACUCGCAGAAGAGCCGUCGAAUGUUCUUAGUCCGACUAUCGCUAAUGUAGUACAGUGUAAAGAAAGCCCUGUUAUUGUAAGUACUCAAAAUCUUAUAGAAGAAACUAAAAAAUCUGCUGAAAACUGCAAGAAAGUGAUUGAUUAUGCAACCGAAUUUCUAAAACCCAUUUUUCAUCAUUCGAAGAGUGAUAAUGAUGUCUCGGAGAUAAGUAGUUCGCCCAAAGGCGAACCAGAGGCGACAAAAGCAAGUCCUGAGGAUUUAAAAACCAUUGAUCGAGUUGCCGUUACAGAAUUUUUGGAGACGAAAGAAGACGAUUUGGCGUUACCGACGAUAAAUUUAGCCGCCGAAAAUGGAGAUUCGAGUCUGUCCGGUGACGAAUUGCCAACAGAAAAACAGUGCCUGGACAACAUAUUCAACAACACCGACUUAAUAAAACCGUUCGACCCAUCCCCGUCGUCGACCGACGUCAACCUAGACCACAACCGAAUAAUCGCCAUGACGAAAACAAACAUGGAAACCUUGGAUCUUCUAACAAAAUUGUCGGAAAGCAACGUCACGUUAAUAAAACAGAACUCGCUGAAAGAAACGGGGACGAAACGGAUCCUCUUGCUAGGAGCGGUGAUUUUCCACUGCCCGGAAUGUAAGAUCCCAUUCACCAGCCACAAGACCCUGAAGAUUCACUUGAUGGCGAGGCAUCCGAACGCCACGCCCCUCCCGAACGUAGAGAACAAAUUCUGCGACGUCGUCACGUAUUCCAGGUUCUCGGGGACGAUGCGGAAGGUCUGUCCGGUGUGCGAGAGACGUUUCAUGACGUGCAGAAUGUUGGAGAACCACAUACGUCAGGUCCACCAGGACUACUACCUCUAUUCGUGCCAGGUGUGCGGGAAGGAGUUCAAAAAAAAGAAUAAUUAUAUCACGCACGUUAAGAAUUACGAAACGUACCAGAGCUGCAAAGUGAGGAAGUGCUCGUUUUGUAAGGAACUAGUUACCAAGGAAGGAUAUAAGACCCACGUAGAGACCCACAGAACGUUCAGGUGCAACAAAUGCCGAAUGUUGUUUUUGUCCGCCAGAACUUUAAACAAGCAUUACCUGGUUCACCAAAAACCCGUAGUCAGGAAAAAAUGUAUGAAAAAAGAACUCUGCAUCAUUUGCGGUAAAAUGGUGAUCGGUUCCAACAUAAACUACCACAUGAAAAACCAUUCGGCGAACCGCGACCUGCUCUGCGACAAAUGUCCAAAGUCCUUCAAAAUGAACAACUGCCUGCAGAAACACAUCAGGUUGGUGCACGAAAACCCUGAAUACCACGAGUGCUCGCUUUGCAACAGGCGGACCAAAACCAAAAGCGCGUUGAAGUACCACAUGAGAUUAAAACAUUCCGAUGUGUACACGUUCCUGUGCAGCCUCUGCGGCAGCGGUUUUAUUAGGGAGGAUUACUACAAGAGGCACAUGAACCAGCAUCUGUUCGACAACCUGUCCGAGGGCCACAGGGCGGCCAGAAGGAGGAACAUUUACGCCAAAAGGAAGGAAAACGACCCGUUAUACACCUGUAAAUACUGCAACAGGGAAUACACCACCGUGUAUAAACUGAGGAUGCACCUCAUAAGCAGCCACGUGAACGGCAUGAGGUUCAAGUGCCGCUACUGCGACAUGACGUGCAAAUCGGUCGCGAACAGGUACAAGCACGAGAAGAGGCACGAGGAUCCCGAGACAUUCGCACUAACUUGCCAGAUUUGUUGGAACAGGUUCAGGGAUAAGGAUCAGCUGGCGGUCCAUUCGUUGAAACACGUGGCUUCGCAAAGGUACAAGUGCGAGGUAUGCGACAAGGCGUUUGCUAGGAAAUACCUGCUGAACCACCAUGUGAGCGAGACGCAUUUGACCAAGGAACAGCUCGAGGAACAGAAGAUUAUUUUGCUUCAGGACGGCUUGAAAGAUUACAGGAUUAAGAAAGAUCGCACUCCAAAAGUCGAAGAAACUUAAAGAAUGUUUUAUUUUUUAAUGUCUUGAAGUUUUUUUUUGCUUUUUUCAUUUUGUUUUUUACCUGACUAGAAUAUUUUUAUACAUACGAUUAUUGCUCUUUAAUAAAGAAUGUUGA